CUCCUCUCGCCCUUUCCCCGCCGCCACAGCAACCGCGUCCGUGCACGCGAGUUUAAAAUCGUUCCUUCUCCGUCGUCGACCGGUUAAAAAAAAAAAUAACGGCGGGAAGCGCCAAAAAAAAAAACCAAAACAAAGUCGCCGGGGACUCACCUGAGGAAACAUCUUUAUUCCUCCAGCAGCAGAAAGCAAAUGGAAGGAAGCCAAGAUUUGUUCGAGGCAGAAGACACGAAGUCCAGAACCAUGUCGGUGGAUCUCCAGACAGACUCCUCACUGCAGGUGGAGAUAUCAGACGCGGUGAGCGAGAGAGACAAGGUCAAGUUCACGGUUCACACCAAGACGAACCUGGCUUACUUCAAGCAAGCCGAGUUCUCGGUGGUCAGACAGCACGAGGAGUUCAUCUGGCUCCACGACGCCUACGUGGAGAACGAAGAGUACGCCGGCGUUAUCAUCCCGCCUGCACCCCCUAAGCCGGACUUCGAUGCCUCCCGGGAAAAGCUGCAGAAGCUGGGAGAGGGCGACGGCUCCAUGACGAGAGAGGAGUUCGCCAAGAUGAAACAGGAGCUGGAGGCUGAGUACCUGGCUAUCUUUAAGAAGACGGUAGCGAUGCACGAGGUGUUUCUCCAGAGGUUGGCUGCACACCCAGUGCUGAGGAAAGACCACAACUUCUACGUCUUCCUGGAGUACGACCAAGACCUCAGCAUCCGAGGGAAGAACAAGAAGGAAAUCCUGGGCGGGUUCCUCAAGAACAUCGUGAAGUCUGCGGACGAGGCUCUGAUUGCCGGCAUCUCUGGGGUCAAGGAAGUGGAUGAAUUCUUUGAGCAUGAGAGGACGUUCCUUGUGGAAUACCACAACCGGGUGCGAGACGCCACCCUAAAGACCGACAGGAUGACGAGAGCUCACAAAAAUGUUGCCGAGGAUUACAUACCCAUCUCCUCCGCUCUCAGUAGCCUGGGCACGCUGGAGGCCAGUCCUCUCAACAAAAACUUCCUCAAGCUUGCGGAGCUGUUCGAGAAACUCCGGAAGCUGGAAGGGCGAGUAGCCUCAGACGAAGACUUGAAACUCUCCGACUUGUUGCGUUACUACAUGAGAGAUUCGCAGGCAGCAAAGGACCUCCUGUACCGACGGGCACGUGCGCUGUCUGACUACGAGAACGCCAACAAGGCUUUGGACAAGGCCAGGAUGAAGAGUAAGGACGUCAAGCAGUCGGAGGCCAAUCAGCAACUCACCUGCCAAAAGUUUGAACGUUUGUCAGAGUCGGCCAAACAAGAACUGACGGACUUCAAAACCCGGAGAGUGUCGGCCUUCCGGAAGAAUAUGAUCGAGAUGACGGAGCUGGAACUGAAACACGCCAAGGCCAGUUUGCUGUUGCUACGAAAUUGCCUCACCUCCCUGAAAGGGGAUCAGUAACUUCCUUCCGUACUUAUUUUUUUUAUUACUACUACUAUUAUUAUUAUUAUUAUUAAUAAUUCUCUC